AUGGCCUCCUCAAAGCCCAGAGCUAUCCUCGGCCUCAUGACCUACGGCCCCCCAACCUCCCCAGACAACCGCGUAACAACCAUCGAAGAGAUGCAGGCUCACCUCGACGCCUUCCAAAAGCACGGCUACAACGAACUCGACACAGCCCGCAUCUACUCCGGCGGCGAGCAGGAGGCCUUUACCGCAAAGGCGGGAUACAAAGAGCGUGGCUUCAAGAUUGCCACCAAGAGCUAUCCUCUUGUUCCCGGACAGCACACGGCGGCGAACCUCCGCAAGGACUUGGAGACGUCUCUCGCCGCGCUGGGCACCACCUGUGUAGACAUCUUCUACCUGCACUCGGCCGACCGCUCCGUCCCCUUUACUGAGACUUUGGAAGCCGCGAACACGCUGUACAAGGAGGGCAAGUUCAAGCAGCUUGGCCUUAGCAACUUCACGGCGUACGAGGUCGCGGAGAUUGUCAUGCUGUGCCAAUACCGAGGCUGGGUGCAGCCCACCAUCUACCAGGGGCUUUACAACGCCAUCACCCGAAAUUUGGAAACAGAAGUAAUCCCUGCCUGUCGCCGCUUUGGACUGGAAGUCGUGGUCUUCACUCCGCUCGGGGGAGGUCUCCUGACCGGGCGCUACAAGUCGCCCGAUGACGACGACCAGCAGGGCCGCUUCAGCAAGAACACGUUCCUGGGUCCCAUUAUGCGCUCCAUGUACUUCAACGAGAGCCUGUUCAAGGCCCUCGACAUUCUCCGCCUUGCGGCCGAGAGCCACAAGCUGACCAUGCCCGAAGUCGCCAUCCGCUGGCUCGUCCACCACUCUGCCCUGAAAUUUGCCAAGGACGGAGGAAACGACGGCGUCAUCUUCGGAAUCAGCAAGAUAUCCCAGCUGGACCAGAACGUUGCGGACCUGCAGAAGGGCCCUUUGCCCGAGGACGUUGUCAAGGCUCUCGAUGCUGCUUGGGUCAUUGCCAAGGGCACCAGCCCCAACCCCUGGCACACGUCUCUUGAGUACACGUACCAGGGACACUCAUAG